AUGUCGUUCAAGUUGAACUGGAACGCGAUCGAAAAGGACUCCUUUCUUUCGUACGCACGGGAGUUGCUAGAGGAGGCAUUGAACUCGGGAAAGAGACCUGCGAUUUUGAGUGAUGAUAUCAGGAUUGUGGCAUUGAACUUUGGCACGAUUGCGCCGAUCUUUCAGAUCUUGGAAAUUGGAGACUUGGGGGUGGAUAAGUUCAGAGGGAUCUUCAACUUCAAAUACCAUGGGGAUGCGUCCAUCACGGUGACGACGAAGAUCAGUGCUAGUUUGCUCAAGAACUACAACAACAACAUUGACAACGAUUUUGAUUUCAUCAAGCCGAACUUCAUUGUGAGUGACUGCGAUUUUGACAUUCCGUUGAACUUGACGUUGAGCAACUUCAAAAUGAGCUCCAUUAUGAUCAUUGUGUUCAGCAAGACGAAGGGGUUGACAUUGGUUUUCAAAAACGAUCCGUUGGAGAACAUCGACGUGAACUCGACGUUUGACAGAAUCACCCCGAUUGCCAACUUCUUGCAGAAGAAAAUCGAGUCCCAGAUCAGCGACUUGUUCAAGGAAUUUCUGCCAAGUUUGCUUUACAAGUUCAGUUUGAAGUACACGACACAGUCGUUCGACCAGUUCCACAGGGAUCUUUUGAUUGAGGAGCAGGAAGAGGAUGACAACAGAAGGAAAAACAAGAUUCUUCUGAAGGAGUUGGAUCCAGAAAACCCGUUUAGGAUAUCGCCGGGUAGCUUGAUGAGGUCGACGAGGUUGUCCAGCAUGAGGCAGACGUUGUCGCUUGGGAACGGGAUCGACAAAUUGAGCUGCGACCGGUUCAACAAGGAUUUGAUCACCAAGGCGUUCAUGAACAUAUUGAUCAAUAAGUCGAAGAGCUACAACACCAACCGGAUUGAGUUGUCAGACAAGGACUUUGAGUUUGGAGAUGUCCACGACAAGCUGAACUUCAUCAGGAAUUUCCAGAACAGAGCGUACAGCAGGAACGUCAGCCACAAGCCGAAGAGGAGGACGAUCAAGAUGAAU